UUCUCUCUAUCUCUAUCUCUCUCUUUCUCUGUUUCCUUUUUUCCAAAAUAUUUAAAUAUACGAUUAAAAAAAUUCGGUUGUAUAUCGUCGUCGUGAUCUAUUCCCAUGUUGUGAAAAACUUUACCAGUUAAAAUAAGUUGACGAAUAAUCUCGUUGAAAAGAAAAGAAAAAAGGGAGGAAGAAGAAGAAAAUAAAAAAAAGGGGGGGUCUGGUUAAGAAGAUAAAAGAAAAAGAGUAUCAUCUUUUGAUCGUUUGCCGGCGCAUCUUUGGUGAUUCGAGGACGAAGCUUGGUUGGAUAGAACGGGCAGCAGCCGUGUGCCUACGAAGCAGAAUAAGGAAGAAUAUUAGUAUUAGUGGUGAUGAUGAUGCCACCACCACCACCAGCACCGGAUCAUCGGUGUCGUUAGCACCGGGGCUUAAAAAAUGGCCUCGAUCCUGGGAGACGGAACGGGCCCUGGGGGUCCCUCAGGCCCCUCGAGAUGCCUACUACUUUUACAAAGGUCUCUGGCCAUACAGCUGACCAGAGGUCCGCCUCCUCAAGUUCUCAAUGCCGGACAACGAGAAAGUCCGAAGGAACAUCCAGCCGACGAGAUGUGGAUGUACGAUAAAGGUUAUAAUUUGUUUCAGAGUUUCUUGGAAGCAAAUUCGAAAUGUUGGUGGAAUGCAGCACUUGUCGAUGCAACGAGACAGCUCAGGUAUAAGGGUCACGUGUCGCCAGGUGUAUUAAUGGUCGGUGGGCCACCGUGUGCCCUAGAAGUAUUAAGGGCAGCCUGGGCUAGGAAUGUACUUAGACCACCAGCUGAUCAUGCCAUCACUUGCCUCG